GCCGCCCGCCCCGCGCCCGCUCGCCGCUCAGCUCGGGGCUCGCUAGGGGCUGGGGAGGGCAGUGGCCGGCGCCACGGGAGGCCUGACGAGAUUUGUAAAGAACUCUUCAUUUGAAUUCAUGGUGUUUGAGCCCACGUAUGACUGAGAUAUAAAGAACCUUUUAGAUCGUUGUCACUGGACCAAGAAAAGGAAAAUGACGUCUAUUAUCAAGUUAACUACCCUUUCUGGGCUUCAGGAAGAGUCUGCCCUUUGCUAUCUGCUCCAAGUGGAUGAAUUUAGAUUUUUACUGGACUGUGGCUGGGAUGAGCACUUUUCGAUGGAUAUUAUAGAUUCCCUGAGGAAGCACGUGCACCAGGUCGAUGCAGUGCUGCUGUCGCACCCCGACCCUCUGCACCUCGGCGCCCUGCCGUACGCCGUGGGCAAGCUGGGGCUGAACUGCGCCAUCUACGCCACCAUUCCUGUGUACAAAAUGGGACAGAUGUUCAUGUAUGACCUCUACCAGUCUCGACACAACACGGAGGAUUUCACACUCUUUACCCUGGACGACGUGGAUGCCGCCUUUGACAAAAUCCAGCAGUUGAAGUUUUCUCAGAUUGUGAAUUUAAAAGGUAAAGGACAUGGCUUGUCCAUCACCCCUCUACCAGCUGGUCACAUGAUAGGUGGAACCAUAUGGAAAAUUGUCAAGGAUGGAGAAGAAGAAAUUGUGUAUGCCGUUGACUUCAACCACAAGAGGGAGAUCCACUUAAAUGGAUGUUCCUUGGAAAUGCUAAGCAGACCUUCCCUACUGAUCACAGACUCAUUUAACGCCACGUACGUGCAGCCCAGGAGGAAGCAGAGAGACGAACAGCUUCUGACCAACGUCCUGGAGACGCUGCGUGGGGACGGGAACGUGCUCAUCGCGGUGGACACGGCCGGCAGGGUCUUGGAGCUCGCCCAGCUGCUCGACCAGAUCUGGAGGACCAAAGACGCCGGCCUGGGCGUCUACUCCCUGGCCCUCCUGAACAACGUCAGCUACAACGUGGUGGAGUUCUCCAAGUCCCAGGUAGAAUGGAUGAGCGACAAAUUGAUGAGAUGCUUUGAAGACAAGAGGAACAACCCGUUCCAGUUCCGCCAUCUCUCUCUGUGUCACGGCCUGUCGGACUUGGCUCGUGUCCCGAGCCCCAAGGUGGUGCUGGCCAGCCAGCCCGACCUGGAGUGCGGAUUCUCGAGGGACCUCUUCAUCCAGUGGUGCCAGGACCCGAAGAACUCCAUCAUUCUCACUUACAGGACCACUCCCGGGACCCUGGCACGCUUCCUCAUCGACAACCCCACCGAGAAGAUCACAGAAAUAGAGCUGAGGAAGCGUGUGAAGCUCGAAGGGAAAGAACUGGAAGAAUACUUAGAAAAGGAGAAACUAAAGAAAGAAGCUGCUAAAAAACUCGAGCAAUCCAAAGAGGUAGAUAUAGAUUCCAGCGAUGAGAGUGACGUCGAGGAAGAUAUCGACCAGCCGUCGGCUCAUAAAACCAAGCAUGACCUGAUGAUGAAGGGGGAAGGGAGCCGGAAGGGCAGUUUCUUCAAGCAGGCCAAGAAGUCCUACCCGAUGUUUCCUGCGCCCGAAGAAAGGAUCAAAUGGGACGAAUACGGAGAAAUUAUCAAACCAGAGGAUUUCUUAGUGCCAGAACUUCAAGCGACUGAAGAGGAAAAGAAUAAGCUGGAGUCGGGCAUGACCAAUGGCGACGAGCCCAUGGACCAGGACCUGUCGGACGCCCCCACCAAGUGUGUGUCUGCGACCGAGUCUAUUGAAAUCAAAGCCAGAGUUACCUACAUAGACUACGAGGGGCGCUCUGACGGCGACUCCAUCAAAAAGAUCAUCAAUCAGAUGAAACCGAGACAGCUCAUCAUCGUCCACGGCCCGCCAGAGGCCAGCCAGGACCUCGCCGAGUGCUGCCGCGCUUUCGGGGGGAAGGACAUCAAGGUGUACAUGCCCAAGCUGCACGAGACGGUCGACGCCACCAGCGAGACCCACAUCUACCAGGUGAGGCUGAAGGACUCGCUCGUCAGCUCCCUGCAGUUCUGCAAGGCCAAGGACGCCGAGCUGGCCUGGAUCGACGGCGUCCUGGACAUGAGGGUGUCCAAAGUGGACACGGGCGUCAUUCUGGAGGAGGGCGAGCUGAAGGACGACGGGGAGGACGCCGACAUGCAGACCGACCUGCCCUCGGACCCCAGCGUGCUCGCCCAGCAGAAGGCCAUGAAGAGCCUGUUCGGGGACGACGAGAAGGAGGCGGGCGAGGAGAGCGAGAUCAUCCCCACGCUGGAGCCGCUGCCGCCGCACGAGGUUCCCGGACACCAGUCUGUUUUCAUGAACGAGCCGCGACUGUCAGACUUCAAGCAGGUCCUCCUGCGGGAGGGCAUCCAAGCCGAGUUUGUCGGAGGGGUGCUGGUUUGCAAUAACCAAGUCGCAGUCCGCAGAACUGAAACUGGACGCAUCGGAUUAGAAGGCUGCCUUUGUCAAGAUUUUUAUAGGAUCAGAGACCUUUUGUAUGAACAGUACGCCAUUGUGUGAAGGAGGCGCUGCCAAGAAGUCUGGCCUUUCUAAGAAAAAGGAUUCGAACCCCGAUUCUGAGCUUUGCUUUUUUUUUUUUUUUUGGUUUUGUUUUGUUUUGUAACAUACAAAAAGAAUUUUCCAGAAAAACUUACUAUGCAUUAGAUUUUUCUUUGUAAAGGUAACAGUAUGCAGCGAGUGCUCCAGUGAGAUUCAGCCUUGAGCUUCCCCCGGGCCCUGGCACGGACAAGUGUGGGUCCCUUCACACCCCCGGGCCCAGAAGGGCUCUUUACUUGAAUCCAACAAUGCAACUUGGCAAACCCGUUCUUGGCCUUAGUGAACAAGUUUGCAUGGGUGGCUGCAGACAUUUUCUUACCAUUUCCUGGAACAAAAAGUGAGAACUCUUUAGAAGAUGUGCUAUUUUUCAAAAGUGGAUAAGAUUGUUUUCAGAGGCCUGUCUAGUUGAAACACAAAGGGUACAUUUGUGUGUGUGUGUGUGUGUGUGUGUGUGUGUGUGUGUGUGUGUGUGUCUUGGAUUCUCGUGGACAGUAGUUUGUCCACCGCCCCGUGCCUCUGCGGUAUUCAUGAUGGUUCUGGUGGUUCGCCCAGUGUGAGCUGAUACAUACGUGGUUCUGAAGUCAAUUUGCAUUCCUUUGUGUGUGUGUGUGUGUGUGUGUGUGUGUGUGUGUGUGUGUGUGUGUGUGAAGAUUUUAUUGUGCAGUCUGAAUGAUAACACCACCAUCAUUUGAAGACACAUGAUUCAAAACAAUUCCUUGAUGCCUGGAGGCAUUCGAAAUUCAUCUCAAUUAUCAGGUACUUUAACGUAUUGUGCUGUUUCAGGAGAACAAAUGCUGAACCGCACUGCUCUAAGUAAAGGUGUAAAUGUUUUCUCUUCAGUUUCCCAGGCAGUGGAUCAAUUCUAUACCCUUUACUGCCCAAAUAAUACUAAAGCUGGAUCAGGUUAACCAUUCUCUGCUCACGGCUUUCUUGUGGCUAGCAGCCUGUAACCUACUGCGUUUAAAAAAUAAAAACAAUAUAUAUGAACCUAUGCACCUUUCACCGCACUGAAGUGAUGAAAAUCAUGUCAGCAGCCGCCUGUUCUCGUGUAGGAUGUAGCUUAAUCAUGGCAGACGUCACUAUUAUUUUCACAAGUCUUCAAGCCCUACUCUUUAUACUUGCUUUAAAAAAAAAAACCAACCCAAAAGGAUCCGUCGUCUUGUUUCGCUCAGAUGGUACUGAGUACAGCAUGACCCGAGUGUAAUCGGGCUAGAAUUAAUCACUCUAUUUCAGACUUCUCUUGUGGUGCACUGAUGCAGAGUUCCCAGCUUUCUGAUUUUGAGAGGCCAAUCCACCCAGUAAUGCUACAGAAAAUGAAGAUAGAGAGUGCGCUUGUGUUGUAGGGCUUUGGAAAAAAAUUUCACUCUUUAUUACCGAAGCAAGGAAGUCUGGCACUCUAUUUCUGCGCCGGGGAGAGAGAGUCUGUUUGUUUCAUGGUUUCGAGUCAGGUCAUACAUAUUUCAUUGCAAUACCGAUGUUGAAAAAUUGUUUUUUGACUAGCUUCUUACUGUCUUGUGUACAGGCAUUAAAUUUUCAAGCACUG